AAGAACAAAAAAUUGUAGCCGCAGCCAUGAUUUUAUACUAUAAAUACGUUUGGAUUUGACUGGUCAUCACAGAGCUCUCUCUGUCUGUGCACAGUACAGGAAAUGGGAGUCAAAAACCCGUGAUGUUUCAAUGAGUGUUUGAAUGGAUCUGAAAGCGCUCAGGAGGCAAUCAUCUCCAUCGAAGCCCGCAGGUCUACCACGAACUCUCCGAGCCGCCCGAGUCGCAUUUACAAAAUCUGGGUUCACUACGAUGAAGCUGUUGAAGAUCUUGGCUGCUUCUUUGGUGGCACUCCCGGUUCUUGUCACCCUCAUGCUCAUUCUUCGGAACCCACCGGCCGAUCGCAUCGCUGGCUUAGCUGAAGCCAGGGCUUUGGAAAGAGUAGCUCACAACGGCACGUCAUUGGGUUUUGGUUCGGCAGAUGUUUCCUCUCAACCUACUGACACACUUCAAGACAAACUGCUUGAUGGGCUUCUUGCUCCAGGGUUUGAUGAGGAAUCUUGCUUAAGCAGGUACCAAUCCAGUUUAUAUCGAAAAAAUCCACUCCACAAACCCUCUUCUUAUCUCCUUUCAAGACUACGGAGUUAUGAAGAUCUCCACAAACGCUGUGGACCCUAUACCAAAUCAUACAACAGAACACUAGAACAACUCAAGUCUGGCCAUAAUGCUAGUUCUACAGAGUGCAAGUAUCUUGUGUGGAUAUCUUUCAGUGGCUUGGGUAACAGGAUUCUAACCCUGGCAUCAGCAUUCCUUUAUGCAAUCCUCACUAAUAGGGUCCUGCUUGUUGACCCAGGAAAGGACAUGGCUGAUCUUUUCUGUGAGCCAUUUCCAGAGAAGUCUUGGUUAUUGCCGACUGACUUCUCCCUCAAAGAUCAAUUCAACACAUUUGAUCAGAAAUCUCAUUAUUCUUAUGGGAACAUGCUGAAGAAUAACAUCUUAAAUUCUUCAACAGAAACACUUCCAUCACAUUUAUAUCUUUAUUUAGCUCAUGACUAUGACGACCAAGAUAAGCUCUUUUUCUGUGAUCAAGAUCAAGCUCUACUCCGUCGAGUCCCUUGGUUGGUAAUGAAAACAGAUAACUACUUUGUCCCAUCUCUCUUCUUGAUCCCCUCUUUUGAGCAAGAACUCAGCAAAUUAUUCCCACAGAAAGAAGCUGUUUUCCACCACUUAGGUCGGUAUCUUUUCCACCCUUCAAAUCAUGUGUGGGGACUAAUUACGAGGUACUAUCAAGCCUACUUAGCCAAUGCAGAUGAGAGGAUUGGGAUUCAAAUAAGAGUUUUUGACACGGGAAGCGGUCCCUCCCAAUAUGUGAUGGAUCAAAUUUUAGCAUGUACUCUAAAGGAGAAAGUGCUGCCAGAAGUAGAUAGGAGCAGACCCAUUGUCAGCCCACUGGGAAAGCGAAACUUGAAAGCUGUCCUGAUAACAUCUUUAAGUUCUGGGUACUUUGAGAAUGUAAGAAACAUGUACUGGGAACACCCAACAGUAACUGGGGAGGUGGUUGGGGUUUACCAGCCAAGCCAUGAAGAGUUUCAACAGACACAGAAGCAUUUGCACAACAGGAAGGCAUGGGCAGAAAUGUAUCUCCUCAGCUUGACUGAUGUAUUGGUCACAAGUGCAUGGUCAACGUUUGGCUAUGUGGCUCAAGGUCUUGGAGGUUUGAAGCCAUGGCUUCUCUACAAGCCUGAAAAUCAGACAGCCCCUGAUCCAGCUUGUCGUCAACUCAUGUCAAUGGAGCCUUGUUUUCAUGCUCCCCCAUUUUAUGAUUGCAAGGCAAAGACAGGAAUUGAUACAGGUACACUUGUUCCUCAUGUGAGACAUUGUGAGGAUAUGAGCUGGGGCUUAAAAUUGGUAGAUGGUCACAAUGAGUUAUAGCUACCUUACUAAUCAUUCUCGGUCUUUACUUGACCAAUUUUGCAUACAUAUUUAUAUGUAAAGUAGACUCAUUUGUUAUUGAAAGACUUUCAAAACUGCAAGCUUCUAGCGAGACUUUUGACUGGUGUUACUUCUGUAUGCAAUGGCAGUAUUUGUUGAAGCGGGAAAUUCUCCCAUUUUCA